UUGGAGGCGUUAUCUGACUGUCGGGCACACAGGACGCGCGGCUGUCGGAGACACAGAACAUCUGGAUAACAGAGACAGAAAUCAAAGUCUCAUUAGUGGAUUUGGGUAAUUUAAUAGUUCUCCUGAAUCAUUUCACUGGAAACAGUCCAAGAGGUUUGAAGAAUGCGUCGCACCUCUGGCUGGAUUGGCUGGACUCUGUGUCUGUGCGCAUCUUUGACCGUGAGCGCGCAGGACUACCCCGAGGACGACGAGAUGAUCCUGGACCUGAUCCGUGAGGACGGGACUCAACCUGAAACCGGAGCCGAGCCCGCUGCUGAGUUCCUCAGGUGCAACAAGGCGGCGUGGCGCAUGCCCGGUCAGUACCUGGUCAUCCUGAGUCCGGGAACGCACGAGUCUCACGUGCAGAGGACCAUCAGGAGACUGACGGCCAAGGCGGCCAGGAGGGGCUACCUGCUGGAGAUCCUGCAGACCUACUCCGGAGCUCUGCACGGCUUCCUGGUCAAGAUGAGCAGUGACGUCCUUCACCUGGCGGUGAAGCUCCCUCAUGUCCACUACAUUGAGGAGGACUCAUCCAUCUUUGCUCAGAGCGCCCCCUGGAACCUCCAGAGGUUACUGCAGCCUCAUGGUGGACCCUCUGAAAAUGGAACAUACAGGCCACCCAAUGAUGGAGGGAAGGCGGAGGUGUAUCUGAUGGAUGGCAGUGUUCAGAGCUCUCACAGAGAGGUUGAAGGACGAGUGCUCAUCACAGACUUUAACAACGUUCCUGAAGAGGAUGGAGUCAGAGUUCAUAGACAGGCAAGUCAGUGUGACAGUCACGGCACACACAUGGCGGGGGUUGUGAGUGGGUCGGACUCUGGUGUUGCUCGAGGUGCUGGUGUUAACCUGGUCCGUGUGCUGAACUGUCAGGGGAAAGGGACCGUGUCAGGAGCUCUGGCGGGUAUGGAGUAUAUCCGAGCAAUGUUACUGGCCCGUCCAGUGGAUGCUGUGGUUGUUUUGCUGCCUUUCGUCGGCGGUUUCAGCCGUUCAUUAAACACAGUCUGUCGGGACAUGGUGGCUAACAGAGCUGUAGUCAUUGCUGCUGCGGGGAACUACAGGGAUGACGCCUGCCUCUACUCACCUGCCUCAGAGCCUGAGGUCAUCACGGUGGGCGCAGUUAACUCAGCAGACCAGCUCAUGUCACAGGGAGCAGGUGGCACCAAUUUCGGCCGCUGUAUUGAUCUGUUUGCACCCGGCGAUGACAUUGUUAGUGCCAGUAGUGACUGCAGCACCUGUUUUACCUCCCGUAGUGGAACCUCGCAGGCUGCUGCACAUGUUGCUGGUAUAGCAGCAGUGAUCCUGUCAUCCAAUCAGAACGUGUCACCGGUGCAGGUCCUGCAGAUGAUGCUGCAUUAUUCCAUCAGCAACACAAUCAACUUCCUCUCUCUGUCUGACACACAUCGUCUGAUUACCCCAAACCUGGUGGCAGCCAUGCCUCCCACCAACAGCACAGACGGGGAGCUUCUGUGUCGGUCAGUGUGGUCAGAAAAGUCAGGGGUCACGAAUACUGACAGGGCUAUCAGUCGCUGUCGUCUGGGGGAGGAGAUGAUGAGCUGCAACAGCUACACUCCUGACGGUGUCCACGCUGGAGAAACCAUCACUGUGAACAGCGGGCAAAUGGAGUGUUUUGCCUACAAUGGGCCGGGGGGUAAAGGUGUGUAUGCUGUGGCGCGUUGCUGUGUGAUAAGUGGUCUGCAGUGCCAGGUCCAUGCUAGUCCUGAGCCUGGACUAGAUGCAGAGUGUGUCAGCCCGCAGCACCACCUGACCGGCUGUACAUCUUGGUCCACUGCGGAGAUCUCGUCCAACUCCCGUCCACAUCACGGUGACCGGAAACGUUGUGUUGUGAAAGACGGGGUGACGUCUCAUGCUGUGUGCUGCCAUGCUCCGUCUCUGGAGUGCCACCUGUUGGAAAACAUAUCAGCGGAUAAAGACCAGGUUGAGGUGUCCUGUCCCUCUGGCUGGACUCUGACAGACUGUAGCGCCGUCUCUCAGGGCUCUGCUAUCUUGGGGCCAGUUGCUAAGGGCAACAGCUGCCGUGUCCGCAGUGCUACAGGAGCCGAUGGGGCAGCAGGUAUCGCUGUCUGCUGUCGCGUUAGGCCGCCAGAGCAGCCCGCCACAACUCCUCACUGAUCUGGUCUCACACCAACACCUCCUCUCUAAUGCAGGUGUCUCUAAUGUUGUCAUCCUUUAUCAGUGGCUGUAAGCACUUGUGUAAAGCUGUUUGUGAGUGUUUCAGUUCUAGGAUUAGGUCAAAAUACGCUCCACAUAUUGUAGUAAUGCCUCAGACUUACAUAUGCUGCCUCAUCUAGUUCUGUCUUGUUAGAUAUUUUUAAACCAUUUACAGUUUGUAGAAUGUAACCAAAUAUUUUUGUAUCUUUUACUAAACAGUUAUAAUAAAGA